AUGAAUGGGGAGGCGAUGGAGAGGAACCCGGCACAGGAGCAGCAGCACGCCGGUAACGGCUCCCACCUCCCUCCCCCUCCCACCAUCACGCCGGCCAUCCCCCCCUACGUGAAGCUGGGUCUGACCAUCGCCUACACCAUCUUCUACUCGCUGCUCUUCGCCUUCAUCUACGCCCAGCUCUGGCUGGUGCUGCGCUACCGACACAAGCGCUUCAGCUACCAGACGGCCUUCCUGUUCCUGUGUCUGCUGUGGGCCGCCCUGCGCGCCCUCCUCUUCUCCUUCUACUUCAGAGACUGUGUGACCGCCAACGCACUCGGACCCUUCGCCUUCUGGCUGCUCUACUGCUUCCCUGUCUGCCUGCAGUUCUUCACGCUCAGCCUCAUGAACCUCUACUGUGCACAGGUUUACUUUAAGGCAAAGUCGAAGUACACACCUGCGCUGCUCAAGUACAGACUCCCUCUGUACCUGGUCUUCCUGGGCGUCAGCCUCCUCUUCCUGGUUGUGAAUCUGGUCUGUGCCCUGCUGGUCAAGACGACGGCAGCCGACGUCAAGACCAUUGUCCUGGUGAGGGUCACCAUUAACGACAGCCUGUUCGUCCUCUGCGCCGUCUCGCUGUCCGUCUGCCUCUACAAGGUCACCAAGAUGUCGCUGGCCAACAUUUACCUGGAGUCAAAGGGGACGUCGGUGUGUCAGGUGACUCUGAUCGGCAUCAUGGUGGUGUUGCUGUACGCAUCUCGAGCCUGUUACAACCUGGUGGUGCUCGCCCUCACCGACAUCGAGACCAUCAACUCCUUCGAUUACGACUGGUAUAACGUCUCGGACCAGGCGGAUUUGCGGUCAUCACUGGGAGACGCCGGUUACGUCGUGUUCGGGGUGAUUCUGUUUGUCUGGGAGCUGCUGCCCACUUCGCUGGUCGUCUUCUUCUUCAGGGUCCGACGGCCGCCUCAGGACAGGAGCACCACUGGGAUACCAAACCACAUUCUCUCGUCCAGAGGAUACUUCUUCGACAACCCUCGUCGGUACGACAGCGACGACGACCUGGCAUGGAGCAUUCCUCCCCAGAAUGCAUCAGCAAGUCUCUCCUCCGACUGCUACGACUGGGGCAGCCGCCACAGCAGCUUCACCGUGCACUCCAAUAGUGACGAACAACGUCUGACCGCCACCGCCACCACAGCCGCUGCCGGAGAGCUCCACCCUUACCCAUGAGUCCUCUCUCCACUGUACAGCUUCACUCUGCACUUUGACACCGAUCAGUUAUUGUGUUUUUUAUUAUCACUGAUUCAGAGGAAAGAAGAAUGUUUAACAGGGUUCCUACACGGGUUGAGUUCAGGGUUGUAAAGUCUGAGGCGCUGUAGCGCCCCCUCAGGCCAGUCAGUGCAGCGAUGAUAAAUCCACUAAACUUAACUUUUAGUUUCAUGUGGAUCAGGAUCUUUAAUCAAAACAUAAACAGUGACAGACAAUCGUGUUGAUUGGCAGCUGGAUGUCAUGAGGUUUAGAGGAGAACCAAAUGCUGCUGUAGCGCCACCUGUAGGGACACGAGCUCAGGUCAAAGAGGUACGGUGAGCGAUUUAACUCAUCCCAAUACGUGUUUCCUCCAACAACCAGACGAGCUGCAGGAAAUCUGCUCACAGUCUCUUCUACCUGAGUUACAGCAUUGAAUAAUGACCAGAAGUGUUUUUGCAGAACAUUAUGAUGUCACAGUGAAAUUGCCCUUUGACCUUUAAGGUACGAAAUGCCAUCACUUCAUUUUAUCCAUAUAGACAUUUGUGUUAAACUGUUCAUGAAUUCUUGAGUUGAGGCCAAAUGUGUUUGGUCAGGUCACAGUGACUUUGACCUUUGACCUUUGACCAUCAAAUUCUAAUCAGUUCACUCUUGAGUCAUAUUGAACCCAAGUCACAUGGUCUUCAUCAGCAGGACGUCGUUGAUGAGACGAGAAGUCCUCGCAAAGUUCAAACAGCCGCAAAACUCAAUCAGCUGAUGAAGACCAUGCGAUCCAUUUGAAAGGGGGUGGACCUUGAACUGAGGUUGUUUUUUUUAACUGGUGGGAAAAAAUGUUUUAGGUGGAAAUGGGCGGGGCCAAUUUGGGAAAGACAGAACUCAGGAAAAAAAAAAACAGUUAAAUAAUUCAAAUUUUUUGAGGUGACAUUUGAGUUGUGUUCGUUCCUCGCAGCAGCACCGGACGUCAACAUCAGAAAGACGUUGGAUUCUAACGACUUACAACUCAAAAUUUUAGUUGGAAAUAAAAAUCAGGUCAACGUCAAAACUCAACGUUAGCGAACUGACACUGAGACAUUCAGCGGACGAUGGGUUUUUCACGACUGUCGUUAAGAUGUGGUUGGUAUGAGAGGUUACAUUAAACCUGCAGGUCUGAUUCUGAAAGUGAAAAGCCUGGAGACUGACGCUGUGUAGGAACCCUGCUGCACAGAACGUCCAUGUUCUUUAGAACCAUGUUAGUAAACGAUGUUGUGAUGAAUGUUUCUUUGUCCUUUGGGGAAUAUUUCACUGAGUGUGACUCAAGUCAAAUAAAUCUGACUCGGUUAUUUAUUCUGCUUGAAAUAAAUAUUGCUCCAGAUGUGACUGUGAUUUUUAGGUUCAUUGCUUUUGUAUUUUAUUUUUUUGACUUGUUUCAAACUUUAAGGCCAGUAGUCAAACAGUUUCACUUCCUGUCCUGAAUAAUGCUUGAAAAACUCUGAGUCAUUUUUUGAGGUUCUUGACUGUGAGAGAAAACUAAUCACAUCACUAAUCUGUAACAUAAUCAAUAUCCUGUAAAUAUCAAUAACCCGACAGCUGAACACCUCUCGUGUUGAUGUUCACCUCAAACUGUUCACGUCUUAACGAGUCAUUUAAUCCUGGGCUGAGUCUUAAUUCUGAAUAAGUUGUAAUAUGUUCAUAAUAAUUUGAGUCUUGAUGAACCGAAUAUCUCCAGAAUGAUAUAAAAAGUGAAGGUAAUGUACAAAUACUGAUUUGUUUUAAAUUACCUUUACAUUACUGUCUCUUUAUAUCGGGAUAUACAUACUAUACAUAUAAAGUUAUUUCCUUUUCGUCUUUUCUGAAAAAUAACUACUGUAAGAGAAUGUAAUUUAACAAAUUAAGUAAGUGUUAAGAGCAUUAAGUAUAAACAUUUUUACAAACAUUUGUUGUUUUGGUCUGGGAUGAAAUGAAACCAUCAGACUGUCCAAAUUUAAAAAAACAGAAGUAAUAAUGAAGUGAUUGAAAAAGACUCGGCCCAUCAUUAAGUUCUGGUUAAACGGACUCUUCUGUACGUUUCUGUAACGACGCUGAGAAAAAAGCUGAAACUCUAUAUUUCUAACAGACGCAGGUUUUGUAAGUUGUUUGUACAGACUCUCGCCGAGGCCAUGUGCUGCUGUUGUUCAUGUGUUGAGCUUUUUCUUUGUGUUUGUGGUUCGUGUGUUCAUGACGUGUCGACACAAAAGAGCAACUCUAAACAA